AGGAUCAUGUUUGGCUGAGGUUGUGUUGCGGUCCACAUUCCAGACUGGUGCUUCGGUCGCCAGUCUGCGGAGUGAGUGUUUAACGUGAGGGAACAAAUGUGUUGGAUGUCCGGGUUUGGGGAGUUGGGGGUGUUUUGGUUGUUGUGACUUUUCAAGAUUUUAAUAUAAAACACCGGGGAAAGUGUUGGAAACGUUAUUUCUGCUGUUGAACAUUACUGUAACGAAAACUUGUUAAUAAUGGCGUUGAAUCCGGACUCAGAACAACACAAAGGGAACUUGGUUGUGACAAUAGAUGAAGACUCCGAUUCAGAUUUGCAAGCACUUUUCGACAGCGUCUUAAAACCUGAUUCAAAGAGACCAUUACAAGUUCCGUUACGCAUGCGUAAACUGCCUAAUUCUUUCUUUAACCCUCCGUCCACUGGUUCUAAAUCUCCGUCGGUGUCUUCUAUAUCUCACAGUCGUGAAAAUUCUGCGGAUUCAGCUUUCGGGACAGCUUCAGUUGGAGCAGGACCGGGGGGCACAACGACAACGUCAGCAGCUGGCGCCAAUGGGUUACAGGUGAACCACCCGCGGGCCCACAGCUCCCCGGCUUCUCUCCAGCAGACGUACGCUUCUGCUCAACAACAGCAGCAUGGCCACCUCAAACAGAGGAGCUAUGACAUCACAACCGUCGACGAACUGGGGCCCUUACCACCCGGUUGGGAGCAAGCCAGGACGCGAGAGGGCCAAGUUUACUACCUCAACCAUAUAACGAGGACGACGACGUGGGAAGACCCUCGCAAGACACUCGCCGCGCAGGUUGCACAGUCACAGCAACAGACGUCAGCAGACCUCAUCAGCAAUGUUGCCGGAUCUCCACACUCCUCGUCGUCGCCCCAACCACAAGGGACCAAGUCAGUCGAUGGAAGUUCCCUGGGCCCUCUUCCCGAAGGAUGGGAACAGGCAACUACUCAAGAAGGAGAAGUUUACUUCAUCAAUCAUCAGACCAGGACCACGUCAUGGUUUGAUCCCAGGAUACCAACUGCUAUGUGGUCCCGCACUGCCAUUCCGUCCCUCGUGCAGCGCAUGCGCGUUCUCAGACUCUCCGCGAAUCACACUAUGCACCUCCAAAAGUCCCCUGCAGGCACCAUUUUGCCACAGCACAGUGCCAGUUGGAUUCAGCCGCUGUCAACACAGUCUCAGCUUUGCCAGCAGAAAAUCAGGCUCCAAUCAUUACAGAUGGAGCGAGAACGGUUAAAACUUCGUCAGCAGGAGAUAAUGAGACAGCAAGGGAUAAUGCUACGACAGGCAAGUACAACAGACCUACCACCAGGUGCUAAUUCUGCUGGAAUGGACCCAUUCCUCUCUGGACUGACUGACCACUCCCGUCAGGAGUCUGCAGACAGCGGAUUGGGUAUGUGCAACAGCUACUCUCUGCCACACACACCUGAGGACUUCCUUGCCAACAUGGAUGACAACAUGGAUGGCGUUAGUGAGGGUGGCAACCCUGCAGAUAUGGCAACUUUGGAUGGUCCAGACAUUAGUUCUCUCAGCGACAAUAUCGACUCGACAGAUGACCUUGUGCCCUCUCUGCAGCUCAGUGAGGAGUUCUCCAGCGACAUUCUCGACGACGUGCAGUCGCUGAUCAACCCGAAUAGCAGACCCGACAACGUUCUUACAUGGCUGUAAAGUGCCGUGCCCACAAGCAAGAUAACUGUAGCCAGAUCUCUGGAAUGUGUGUGAAGGUUCCUGUUUCCGUUGCCUCUACGACUAGUUGCUCCAGAUUGUACCAUUUGUCGAUUCACAGUACAAUUAUGGCAGAAUUUGUCAAAUGUGUCCAACUUCGCAAAAAUUCAUUAUUAGGUAUGUCGUCACAUGCAUGGAUCAGCCUGCACUUUCCUUGUUAUUACACGUAAGAAACUAAGAUCGUUUAAAUCUGUUUUCCUCUGUAGUAGUAUUUGCCGACAAGGAAGUAUUCCGUUAAAAGAACUCUUUAUACAGGUCUAGUUGGAGCAUUGUGCUUGGUCGCAUCCGUUUACGUACGAGGCACCGGAAGAGGCAUCUGUAAAACAGCUUUCUCAAAUCUUUCAAGUUACAUGGUGGUUAAAACGGAAGUUAACGAACACGACAAAAUGAGAGGUUUUCUUGCGUCUUAUAAAGCUGCAUCAUCAGCAGACGGAUUAAAGUUUUCUCGAUAUAGAUGGCUACCUGCGGAAACAAUUGUUUUCACGAUUCAUGCGGAAUUUUAUUUUAGGACUAUAAUAAUAGAAAAUAAAUUCAUGGUCUUGGUGACGCGUGGACGACAAUCCUUUUACGAUACAUGUGGUGGGGAGUUGCAGACCAGAGAAUUUUUUAUUCUGCCAAAGUUUUGAACCAUAACCUUGGUCUUGUAGGAGUGAAAGGAUUUCUUAUUUUGCUCACAUAUUUUCUCUUUGAAGAAAAAGCAACUUGUCCUAGAAAAUGGGAUUCUGUCUUACACGAAGCAAUAACUAAAGUCUGAUGAUGCACAGUAUUUGUCAGAAGUAAGGAUUAUCGUCAAUUCUGCGUUCUUUCCCCGUAAGGAAAGACGGCUUUGACUUAACUUGACGUUAUAAUGUUGUUAAAUUUUAAAUGAAGACCGUCCACAUUCUUAAGCAAUACAUUGUAUUUCUUUUUUGUAUAAUAGCUAUAUUCACUUAAAAAAGUUAACGCCGUCAAAGUAGUAGAGGAUCUUUAUAUCAUCAUCAUCAUCUUCAGAACUAGGUAUUUUUACACGUAGUUUUUAAAGGUUUUAGAUAUUGUACACACAUUGUUUAUAACAUAUAGUUACACAAAAAAGGGUUUUAAUACUGUAUAACAUUUGUUCUAUUUACGUAAUGCAGCUGACCUGUGCAAUCGUUUGCAGUUGUAUUACUUUAUAUGUCUGGUUGAAAUGUUGUUAUUAACGAAGUGAUUGAAAUUUCAUCAUAUUUAUGUAACAAGAUCAUAGUUACUGUAACGGAAAAAUUUUUACUUUAUUUUGUUUUGUCUUUUAUAAGGAAGGUUUUUUUCUCUUUAAUUUAGAACUUUAAUGAGUAAUGCGAUGUGGAGUGUUGGCGAAAUGAGUAAGUACGUCAAAAUUGUUAUUCUGCAGCCUAGAGGUUAUCAUGGCUUGCAGGUUAAGGGUGAGUUUAUGCCGGAACAUUUAAGUCAAAACUUUGUGUGUUAAUGUUAUUUGUCCUACUGGUUGUAUUUGGUGUUUUAAAUUUUUAAGACGUUAAAAUUUAAUUGAGAGAUUUCAAUGCCAACUGUUAUUUAGAUUGAUUUUCUAUAAAUGAAUUCGUAUUUUUAAAAUGAAGAUUGUACUCAGUAUUUUCAGUAUGAUAUUGAAAAGUUUAUCUGUUGAAUGAACUUUUUUCUAACGUUAAAUCUAUUUACCUUUUAACAGUGUGCUUUGUAUAUUUUUUUUUCCGCUCACCUUAAUGUGAGCGUUUUUGUGGUAGACGUUAUUUUCAUUAGGACCUGAUAUUGUAACAGUUGGAAUUUGGUAUCUAUAGUGAAGGAAAUGUGAGUUGUUUUGGCAGAUUUAGUGUUGUUAAUUCAGAUCAGAAGUAAAAUUCAGUACAUGUAAGUACAGUAUUAAUAUGGCUUGAAUAUUUUGUAAAAUACUUUUUCAAAUUUUACCUCUACAUGCAUAAAUUAUGAGAAUUGUAGGGAUGAUAUACCAGAGAAUAAAAUUAUAAAUUGCUAGUAGAAUAUAAAUUGCGGAUUUAUAAUGUUAAAUAUACGGAUUAAUACAACACAUAUUUCAUUUCCAACUGCAAUCUUCAAGCGCAGGUACAGAAAGAAAUUAAAAAGCAAAAUACAUAUUUAUGUUGAUAUAAAACUGAAGUCUGCUGGCAUUUUGUUUGUAAAACUUGGUUUGUUUCGGCGUAUACAACACUUACACAUCCGGGAUAUAAGCCGACGGCUUUUCUUUUCAAAACUAGAAAAAGUUUGAGCUUGUACAAACCAUUUAUUAUUUUUUUUUUGCAUGUCUAACACAACAGCUUAAAAUUCACUGCCAUUAAAAUCACAUUUUCGUAAGUCUAUUUAUCAGUUCACUUGUGCAACAUUGAUGUUUUCGAUAAUGAUGUUCUUCUGGGUUUUGAUUCAGUGUUGAAUGGUCAGUAAAUUCUCCCCCCCCCUCCAGCAGUUCCCACUCCUCUGAUGCCUGCUCGGAGUCUCCCCAUUGGCUUAGCUUAAUGUCUUCAUUGGCCCAUUCCUUCAGAUUUAUCUUCCUGCCACUGCGUAAUGCUGUCACUUCGGCCCUGAAGAUGCUGGCAUCUACUGAUAAGUCAGCAAGGCUCCAACACCCAGAAUGACGCCAUCAUUAUCGAAAUCACUCCGCAAACCUCAAAUUUCACAUUAACAUUUGUUUUGAACGCUGAUUUUUGAAUAGUACUUACAAAACAAACUCUUGCGUAAGAGAGGCAAAAUAGGGAUGCGUGACGUCAGUGUAGUUUCAGGAUGGAGUGAAAUUUGACGUGGGAUGUUCAGAAUGUUCUGCGAAGACUUUGCAUUUAAUUUCUUUUCCUGCAAAAAUGAUGCGGUCCACAAAAAAAAUGGAAUCAUUAAUAUGCACAGAUUUUUUUCCUCCCUUCUACAUGGCUACUAUUUGCCCAUUUAAAAUAUCUCUCGAGUCCAUUCAGAAAUGUUGCAUUAAUAAGGGCUUGUAAAUUUAAGUACAGAUUGUACAGUUUGGACCAGCAGUGAAAAAAACUCUCAGAUUGCAAAGAAUCUACACUUUUGAUAUUUGUCGCUGACUAUAUUAAUGGGCGGAUGUGCAAAAAUAUAUUCGAUGAUUUAGUAGAAGGGAAUUGAAAUUUCUUACAGAACACUUUGAAUGUGGUUCUCAUACAGAGAAUGGAAGUCGCUGGAUGCUGUUCGUCCGCUAUUAUCCUUCAUAAAAUCUGGCAUAACCGUAGAAAGCACGUACAAAAUACGCUGUUUUGAAUAUGUGAAAUUUUUGUAUUACGUAAUAAAAUUAAGUCUGUUAUUUCAUACAUGUUGAUGAAGCCGCAUUGUAUAUGAAUGUUUGUAACUUAUUUCAAGCUGUAUGGAUAAGUAGCGGGGGAAACGUGAUGUUUAAUGCAAUAUGAAUUUAAACAUUUGGAAGCUUUUAAAAUGAAUUAAUCUCUCUCGCUAAUGGCAAAUUAUUCUUUAAACGAAGUGAAGGUUGUUUUGCUGUAUAACUAGAAUGCACUCAGUACUCCAGAUAUGUUACUUAUAGUUAAUGGAGCAAUUCUGUUGUUUGCGUUCAGUUGUGCAUAGAGUUAGGUAUGACGUACAUCUGUGCUCUUGCGGAUAUGCUUUAUUUUGUAUCAUCCAAAUGCGAACUGCAUUUCUCAAGUGUUCUGCAUUUUUACAUCCUGACUCAUAUUAGUGUCUGAGUAAACAUGUGGAACUGGAAUUAUACACACGCUCGGUGUAAAUUAGACAUGUAUUAGUGCAGUCACAUGAUUAUUUCUGUAAUUACUAAUUUGAUAAAGCACAACCUGGACCUUUAAUUUGUCCAAAGUUUGUGAGUAAAUAAUUAUACAACAGUCUGAAAUAUUUAGAUAUUUAUUUUAGAAAUUUUUAGUAUAAGCGGUCCUGAUAUGUAACUUUUUAUAUCGCAGAAACAUUUUUGUUCCUGCGUAUAUGUUUUUAUAAUUUAGUACUGAGUUUAUUGUAAUUUUGCUUAAUUUUGGUUUUAAUUAAAUAGGAUUGAAAUAUGACUAUGACUGCUAAUGAAGUAUCUGUAGUUGCAUUGCAGUUUAAACAUUUUAUCGUCUCUUCUGUUUUUGUCUUCUAAAGUAACAAUUUGCAAGAGAAACGUGAUUUUCUAGCGCAGCAGCAAAUACAUUACCAGUAUUUCUUUACAUAAAGUGAGCUUCAUCCUGCAAAGGAAACACGAGAUGUUUUCAGUCCUGCUCAAAAUAAAAGCACAUGUGCUUUUAUUAGAUCUACGGUCCAUCCAGUAUAGGUGCCUUUGAUAGAAAAGUUAUUUAUCAUAUGUUUGUUUCCCCAAUAAAAAUGUAUGUCUUACUUAUACGAUAGAUAUAAGUAAUGCACUCGCAAUCUUUCAAUACUCGAUCACCAUGAAAAGCAAUAUAU